CACUUACAACCCCAACUUCUCACAUCACUUCCCUGUUCUCACUUGGCUGGAUCCCAGCCAGCAGCCCUCUGCCUCAGCGAUGUGGUGGUGGCUGCUGCUGCCCUUACUGUGGGCCCUUGAGCAGGCACAGGCAGAGGAGCCGGGGAAGCUGAGCCAAGCUGACGAUGGUGGUGUCCCCGACAGAAGCUUCUGGGCUGCAUAUAACAGAUACACACUGGAAGUGCCGGAGUCUGUGACCGUGCAGGAGGGUCUGUGUGUCCUUGUGCCCUGCACUUUCUUCCACUCUGGUUUGCAGAGCUCCACUGACACAGUCUUUGGCUACUGGUUCCUGGAUGGGACUAAUGUAGGCCGUGGAUCUCCUGUGGCCACCAACAACCCACAUAGAGACGUGGAUAUGGAGACCCGUGGCCGAUUCCAGCUGGUCGGGGACCCGCAGGACAACAACUGCUCCUUGGGCAUCAGAGAUGCAAAGAGGAAGGACACUGGAAGAUACCUCUUCAGAAUACAGAGCAGUUCUGUGAAACACAGUUACAAAGACAAGCAGCUCUCUCUGUCGGUCACAGAUCUCACGGAGGUCCCUGUUGUGGAUGUGCCCGAGAGCCUGCAGUCUGGACGCCGCAGCAACAUCACCUGUUUGGUGCCGUGGGCCUGUGAGCAGGGGACACCCCCUGUGUUCUCCUGGAGGUCGUCGUCCCCCACGGUCCUGGAACCUGGGGCCAACCCCACCCCUGUGCUCCCCAUCACCCCAUCACCGGAGGAUCAUGGGGCCAAUCUCACCUGCCAGGCAACUUUUCCCGGAGUCGGGGUGACAGUGGAGAGAACCGUGCGGCUCAAUGUAUAUUAUGCACCUCAGAACCUGAGCAUCAGUGUGACACGGGGAGCUGGCACAGGCUCUCAGGUGCUGGCCAAUGGCUCCUCCUUGGAAGUGGAGGAGGGAGAGUCGCUGUGCUUCACAUGCAUCGUCAUGGCCAGCCACCCUCCCGCCACGCUGCUCUGGGCUCGCAAUGACCUGGUCUCGGGACCCUCGCAGCCCUCCGGCAACGAGACCCUGUGGCUGGUCUGGGCGCGGGCUGAGGACAGUGGGGAAUAUGUCUGCCGGGUGCAGAACCCACUGGGCAUGCAGGACACCUCCGUGGUCCUUCUGGUGAAGAGCCCCCUCAAGCUGCUAGGCCCCUCAUGCUCCUGGGGGGCCGAGUGGCUACACUGUACCUGCGCCUCCCGUGCCUGGCCACCCCCCACCCUGCAGUGGCGGCUGGGGGAUGCGCUGCUGGCGGAGGGCAGCGGCAACACCUCGGUCGCUGUCACCUCCAGCUCGGCCAGGCUAUGGGUCAACAGCUCCCUGAGCUUCCGCCAGGGGUUCAGCUCCAGCCUCAGGCUCAGCUGCGAGGCCCAGAACGCAUAUGGAGCCCAGAGUGCCCCGAUCCUGCUGCUACUAGCUCCAAAAGAUACAAAAGGAAUGUGGAGAGGAAUGGUUCAGGGAGCCAUCACGGGAGCUGGAGUCACGGCCCUGCUUGCUGCCGGCCUCUGCCUCAUCUUCUUCGUAGUGAAGACCUGCAGGAGGAAGUCAGUGAGGAAGACCAGGCUUCGGGACAGUGCCCAUCCUGCAGUGAGCUCCUUCUUCCUGGGUCACCUGAAGUCAAGCAGCCCUCCAGAAGGCCCACCGCCUGGCGCAGCCACGCCCCCUGAGACCACACCCCCUAACGAGACCACGCCCCCUAACGAGGCUACGUCCUACAGAUUGGCCUCGCCCACCGAGGGGGAGGAGCCUGAGCUCCACUAUGCCUCCCUCAGCUUCGGCAGCCUGAAGCCCAGGACAACCCAGGACCAGGACUCCAACAACACCGAGUAUGCCGAAGUCAAGAUCCGUAAGGGAUGACCUCUGCUCCUCCAAGCUCAGCUGGACCCCCAAAGUCAUUGCUGACGAAAGUAUGUCCUGGGGACAGAUUCUUCCAGGCAACAGCUCUCUGAGCCCUGGGUUCGAGUCCAGGCUGAGGUGUUACCUCGGCAACUCGCUCGGCCUCUCUGCGCCUCCACUUCCUCCUUCUCCGAAGGGUGGGGUGCAAGCUGCAUCCAGCAAGCUAGGAAGUGUCUGGCUCGUGCUGCUGUGUGCCUUUGGUGACUGUUCUAAGUGCACCUAGUGCUUGGAAACUGAUGGUUCGGUGCUGCGUGACUUGUACCUCAAUAAAACGGUCAUAACUGCAGCCA